UGAUUUAAAAACUGCAUGUAAACAAAGCACAGGAGGCUACAUAUAUUUCUAAUAUCAAUACUUGUUAGUCUUACAGAAAUCAGGGGCAAAAUCAGAGUAAUAAUUUAGACCACAUGCAUUAGUCUUUUAACUUAGAUCAUUUUCUGUUACUCCCGUUAAAAGUAAACACGUAGCCCAUGUAUUGGACAUAAUUUCUUAUUUAGUAGUAAUGCCCUCCCUCUCACACCCACGAGCACACUCGCGCGUGCACACAUUGACACACUGACCUACUUUCUCAUCACGCGUCCACAUAUAUAUCUUAUGCACUCUGCUGAAGGGUCACGUCACGACAAUAACAAACAAAUAAACACACGCAUAUAGACAUGAACGCGCGCAAUCAAACACACAUGACACUGAAUGAGUCACAGGAAAUAGAAGAUGUCCUUCAGAUUGAUGAAUGAGCCCUCUCCGUUUCUGCAUGCAUGAUGGUGGCUGGAGGUGCAGCCAGGCAGAUCCAUGUUUUCGUCCGCUCACGUGGACCAGAUGCUCUGCAGAGCCCGUCAAGCUGUCGCUAAAGCCGAGAGGAGAGCUUAUUAUGGGAGCGGCUCCUGCUGUCCUAUAUCAGCAACAGCCAGCAUUUCUCCAGUCAUCUGCAGACAUGGCUCCGAGUGAACGCUGUCUUCUUAGUCAACAGAGGACAAAACCGAGAGGAUAGUCUUGUUUGUAGGCGCUUCAGUGUACUAAUCAGUCAGGAUGAAACGAGGAAGGACGGGGCUUAAGUCAAAAUGCCAGACCUUCUCCUCUCAUGAGGAGAGGGCUAAGAGACAUAAAUGGGGGGCGUCCAGCUUCACCCUGACUUCAUCAGAGGACUGGGGGAACCUUCCGCACCACGUUGUCCUACAGAUCUUCCAGCAUCUGUCCCUGGUGGACCGUGCCAGGGCCUCGUCUGUGUGUCGCUGCUGGAAUGACGUCUUUCACACUCCUGACCUGUGGAGGAGAUUUGAGUUUGAGCUCAAUCAGCCUGCUACGUCUUACCUACGCUCCACUCACCCUGACCUCAUUCAGCAGAUCAUCAAGAGGCACGCCCAGCACCUGCAGUACGUCAGCUUUAAGGUGGACAGCUGCACAGAGUCUGCAGAGGCAGCCUGUGACAUUCUCUCCCAGCUGGUGAACUGUACCAUUAAGACCCUAGGGCUGAUCUCCACAGCACGGCCAAGCUUCAUGGACGUGUCUCAGGCCCACUUUGUCUCUGCAUUGACGGUGGUGUUUGUCAACUCCAAGUCCCUCUCUUCCAUCAAAAUUGAUGAUACGCCUGUGGAUGACCCGUCCCUGAAGGUCCUGGUUGCCAACAACAGUGACACUUUGAAGUUGUUGAAAAUGAGCAGCUGCCCUCAUGUUUCCCCAGCAGGUAUCCUAUGUGUUGCAGACCAGUGCCAUGGACUCAGGGAGCUGGCAUUAAACUACCACCUCCUGAGUGAUGAACUUCUGCUCGCCCUCUCCUCUGAGAAACAUGUCCAUUUGGAGCACCUGCGCAUCGAUGUGGUGAGUGAGAACCCCGGGCAGACUCACUUUCACACCAUCAAAAGGAGCAGCUGGGAGGCUUUGGUCCGACACUCCCCCAAGGUCAACAUUGUCAUGUAUUUCUUCCUCUAUGAGGAGGAGUUUGAGCCUUUCUUCCGUGAAGAGACCCCUGUCACACACCUGUACUUUGGCCGGGCAGUCAGCAAGGAGAUGCUGGGCCGAAUUGGACUGAACUGCCCCCGGCUGGUGGAGCUGGUAGUUUGCGCCAAUGGCCUACAGCCCCUGGACGAGGAGCUGAUCCGCAUCGCAGAACGUUGCAAGAGCUUGACGGCCAUCGGGCUGGGCGAGUGUGAGGUGACCUGCAGUGGCUUUGUGGAAUUUGUUAAGAUGUGUGGGGGCAGGCUGACUCAGCUGUCAAUCAUGGAGGAGGUGUUGAUUCCUGACAGCAGCUACAACAUGGAGCAGAUCCACAGCGAGGUGUCCAAACAUCUGGGCCGCAUCUGGUUCCCUGACAUGAUGCCCACCUGGUAGACCUGCAUGAAGCCAAGCUGAAGUAACAAAGGAAGAAGACUUUGAAUAUUUCUCAUAAUAAAAACAGUUACACAUUUUAUUGUAUAACUUACAUCAAGCUUCACAAUUACACUGCACUGUCAUUUUUGGAUGGGUAGUCGUAAAGCAUCUGUGUUUCAUGUGUAAUUUUAUCCACAGGGAAUUUAAUUUGAAACUAUUUUAUGGUUCACACUCAUAAGCAACUGUAGCUUUUUCUUCUUUCUGCCUAUGUUGUGGGUGCUGUCUUCCUAUGCAUAGAUAUUGUAAUGUGAAAUUCCGUAUGGAGGGGGGGUUUACAGGCAUUCAAGCAAUCUUUGUGUCUAAAGGACACAGAGCUGCCAUCUGCUGGCUGCUAGUGUCAAAAGCAUCCCAAUCUAUAUGAUUUAAUCCUGGCUAGCAACAACAACUUUACCUACCUUUUAAAGGAGAGUACAUUAAUCAGUUAUCUAUUUUUGCCCUUACAUCUUAUCAGUGUAUGCUCCUCGAUGAAUUUGGAGUAUUUUUGUGAGAUUUUCUUCACCUUAUUGAUAUAUCCCUUUAAAUCUGCUUUUGCUUAUGUUUGUGAUUUCCUACAUUUCCCAGGAUACCAUUUUAGAGGUGGCUCAUCCAAUGAUGCUAAAAGUAAAGUAAACAAAAGUAAUAGUAAUGCAGGCCAGAUAGAAACAAGAGUUUCCAGUUAAGUUGGUGCAAGAGUCACACCUUCAUGUCAACAACCCUGGGCGUUCUGUAUUCUUGUGUGGUGCCAUUGGAGAAUUUAAUCAGUCAUCCUGAACUAUACAAUUUAAAUUUAGAUUACUAUACAGUAUAUUGUUAUUUAAUUUGAAGCUUUACAUGAUGUGGUACAUUUUUAAAUUUCAUCCAAACCAUUCAAAGUAUUUUUCUUCUGUCAUAUUAGCAGUUGUUUUACUUUUAUGCAAAAUCUAAAAUGAUUGUUUUUUCAGUUCAGUUGAAAGUCUGAAAAAAUAUUUUAGCAAUAGACUGACAUUUUUUGCUGCACUUGUAAGUUUUUUUUUAUUGUUGUUAUCUGAAUUUGUCCAGCUGUCAUCCAACAUAAUACUAAAAGAAAAAAAAUACAAUGUACAUAAUUUAGAGCAUAGGAUGUUAUAGUGUCAGUGUUAAAGUGUGGCAAAUAUUUUUUUAAUCGCAAAUAUGCAGUAAAUCAAACAAAAUAAUCUGUAUUUCUUAAUUUUUUUAAAGCUUUUAUAUUAAUUUCAGAUGUACUUUUUUGUAUUGUAGAUGUACAUCUUGUUUAUUUAAAAGUACUGGCUAAAGAAGAUGAUGGUUAUCACACCUGAUGUAUCUAUUUAAAAUAGAGGCCAGUAUGCCAAACAUUUGGCAGUAAGUGCAUUAUUACCAUGUUAUUUUUACCACAGAAAUUACAAUAUAUACUUUUUUGUGUGUUGCAGUUUUCAAUUUACAUGUUAAAAUGUAUUUUGUGAAAAGUUGUUUUGGUAUAUCAAGCAAAUUGACCUGACAAGAUCCAGUGCCACACUGUAUCAUAUGAUACAUUACCACAGCUGCAAAGAUUUCCUGUUAUUUACUUAAUUGUCAAUAACAUUAUUUAUCUCACGUGGUCACGUUUUUCAUAUGUGCAGUAUUGAUAUGUCUGCUCAUGUUUGCCUCACUUUACUAGUUAUAUUUUUAUUCAUGCCAUACAGUUUAAAAAAUAUAUAUUUUUAAAGCUCCUGUAAGGAACUUUUAGUUUGAGUUGAUUUUGGCACCAUGUGUGGACAAAGAGACAAGAUGCAGAUUUUGUACUGUACAUGUGUAAGGAGAGUUUUUUGACCAAAAAAUGACGUCCUGCCCUAUUUAACAGUCCAACAUAUGUGAGUAUAUCUAGUGGCAAGAGUAAAAAAUGCUGUUUCUUUAGCAUUCUGUCCAUCAUCUGGUAUGACUCUUACCACCACGUAGUGGUUACAUGCACAGAAAAUGACAAUAUAAAAGAAGUCAAUAAUAAUACUGAUGGUCUUGUUUGGUUCUUAAUGAAAAGGCAUUGCUGUAAAUUUCAGUCUGUUUCCUGUUGACCAGCUAAUUACUCCUAACAGGAGGUUUGAAUUAAAUGUACAAUGUCCUAGUGG